GCAGGCGCACCUGCGGCCUCAAACCUCAGACACAGACGUUGCCGUUUUCCGUCUUCCCGGCUGUUCGUUUUUCCCCAUUUCCCUAUAUCCCCUUUCCUUGGGCUACGCUGCUGUUUCCUUAUUCGGCGUUCAUCGGUUCCUCGUCAUCGUCGUCUUUGGAGGUCUUCUCCUGCGUGACGGUUUCGGGGCUCCCGUUUCUUUCUGCUCACGGGGCCUACCGGUCCGGACUCAUCCUCCUCGCUCUCCCGAUUGGUCUGGGGCUUCAGGUUGAAGUUAUUCAGUAUCUGUUGAGGCGAGAAUGCUUUGUUCACCCCUUUGCAGUUGCAGGCAGUUCAAUUUCAGAGGGGAAGCAGGUCAUUUAGAUUGGAGAUAAUCCAGUGCCCUUUUUAGAUUGGGGCUAUUCGUCUGCCGCUUGAUUGGUGGUGGAUUUGGCCGUCAUGGCGACCUCUUUGUUCCAGUCUACACUAAAUGGUUCAAAUUCAAGUCUUCCAGAUCCUGCAAAUUUGGGGCGGUCUUUUGGAACUUCAUUUGCAAGCCAAUCAGGAUCAACCCCUGUUUUUCAUCACUCAGGUGCCAUACAAGCUCUUCAUAAUGUCCAUGGAAGCUUCAAUGUGGCUAAUAUUCCUGGGUCCCUUACAUCUCGCAAUUCAGCAUUGGGUGGUGUGUCUUCUCCUGGUGGUCAGCAGCCUUCAGGAAGUCUUUCUUCUGGAAGGUUUGCAUCAAACAACUUAUCUGUUUCACUUUCUCAGCUUUCCCAAGGAAGCCUGCAUGGGCAUUCAGGGGUUUCAAAUAGAGGAAGCAUUAGUGUUGUAGGAAGCCCUUCAUUUACUAGUAAUAUGAAUGGAGUUGGUGGUCCUGUUCCUGGCAUAACCCCAGCCUCUGCUUCUUUCGGCAAUCGGAAUGCUGUUCCUGGACUGGGAGUGUCUCCUUUUUUGGAUAACAUCGGCUCUCGACUUCCAGGUUCUGGCGGGACCAUUGUUGGUGCAAAUAACAUUGCCCAGAAUAUUAACUCUGGUGCUGGAUUGAAUGUGCCUGGGUUAGCAUCACGCGGGAAUCUAACUGCUAACAAUGGCAGUCUUAACAUGCAAGGAUCAAGCAGGCUUACGGGUGGUGUGCUUCAGCAAGCUCCCCAGAUGUUUCCCAUGUUAGGUAGAUCAUACUCUACAUCAGGUGGUCCUUUGGCUCAAAACCAAGCUCGAGGAGGCAAUAGUUCAUUUACCUCUUUGGGAGUGGCUAAUGGUGUAAAUUCUAAUGACAGUUCACCAUUUGACAUCAAUGAUUUUCCUCAGUUAACUGGUCGGCCCAGUUCUGCUGGUGGGCCUCAAGGGCAAUCAGGUUCAUUACGAAAGCAAGGUGUUGGCAUAAGCUCUAUGGUCCAACCAAGCCAAGAAUUUAGCAUCCAGAAUGAAGACUUCCCUGCCUUGCCAGGAUUUAAAGGUAAUAGUGCUGAUUAUGCAAUCGAUCUGCAUCAGAAAGACGCACAUCAUGAAAAUGCAAUGUCAAUAAUGCAGCCACAGCAUUUCCCUAUGAGCAGGCCAGUAGGAUUCAAUUUAGCUGGCACUUACAUAGCUCAUCGUCAGCAGCAGCUGCAACAACAACAACAGCAUUCUUCAUCAGCAAGUAAUGCUGGAGUAUCUUAUCCAACUGCCAGCACUCCGGAGCUUCUGCAGGUUCAUGGUUCUGAUCUAUUUCCAUCUUCACGUGGCUUGUCUGCACCCUAUCACUCGCAGGUUCGGACCAGUGGUGUACCUAAUCUUGGGUUAAGGCCUGUUUCUACCACUAAUUUAACUUAUGAGCAGCUUCUUCAGCAGUAUCACCAUCCAAACCAAUCACAUUUUCAUCUACAAACGAUGUCCGCCCAACAAUCAUAUGGGGAUCAAAGCGUCAAACCCUUGCAAAGCAUUCAAGCUGCUCCAGAUCGUUUUGGCCUGUUAGGUCUACUAAAUGUGAUAAAGAUGAGUGACCCUGAUCUCACAUCACUUGCAUUGGGGAUUGACCUGACAACAUUGGGGUUGAAUUUGAACUCUAGAGACAAUCUUUACAAGACUUUUGCCUCCCCUUGGUCUGAUGGACCUGUAAAGGGUGAUCCUGAGUACUCAUUUCCUCAGUGCUAUCUUCAACCUACCCUGAAACUACAACCAGGUUAUUUUUCAAGAUUCCGGCCGGAGACACUAUUUUAUAUUUUUUAUAGUAUGCCAAAGGAUGAAGCUCAGUUAUAUGCAGCCAAUGAACUGGUGAAUCUGGGUUGGAUCUACCACAAAGAACUGCGGUUGUGGCUCUUUAAGGCUCCGAAUGUUGAUCCACUUGUUAGGACACAUACAUACGAGAGAGGAACCUACCUUGCUUUUGAUCCCAACAUAUGGGAAACUGUUCGGAAGGAAAAUUUCAUCCUACAUUAUGACAUGAUUGAAAACAGGCCAACAGUUCCUCAACAACAUUAGAUGAAUCUUUGUAAUUCCAGUUGUAUUUUUGUUCAUCAAUUGAUUUUCUGCAAGUAGUAUUUCAAUAGUUACAUUCCCAGCAAAAGGAAUCCCAGCUUUAUCUGUUCAGCUGCUUUCGCUCUGUUCCAGUUUUGCAGCAACAUGAUCUCGAGUAAGAACCUUGCAUGGAAUUUGCCUGUUGAUA